AUGUCAACAAUGGCGCGAAAUUCGCUCGUACGGACGCUGCAUACGACUGCGCGGCGUGCUGAUAUGCCGCGUUCGCCGUUCCAAGUAUUCGUCGAGACGCUGCGUCAGGAACUGACAAAAUCGCGCGAGUUCCAGGACAAUAUCAAGCAGCUGCAGGGCGAAUCAGCCAAGUUCCAGGAUACCGAGACCAUGCGCAAAGCGCGCGAAGCGUACGAACGAGCACGCAUUGUGUCGUCUAUCAAGCACAACCCCCGUCUGCAAGCUGCCGCUGAGCAGUUGCGCAAGAGUGGGGGGCAAGUCAGCUCGGCCAUCGGCACGACGCUCCGUCAGAUGGAGGAAAGUGAAUUGAUGCGCUCGCUAUCGGCCAUGUCAAGUCGGCUGCGCCAGCAAAUCGAAGACUCCACGGCGCCUGUGCGCAAUACGGAGGUGUACAAGGCGUUUGCGGAGACGAUCAACGAGGCGUUUGACGACGGCAGUUCUGCGAUUGAUAUCCGUAUCGCGCACGGAACCAGUGCUGCUGAUGCACGGCGCUUAAAGCGAGAGACUCGGUUGCGCAAGAUUGGCCGCCGUCCGCCUGUGCAUGAUGUGGACGCUGAGCCUGUGGAUCCCAUUGUUGCUGCCGCAGCCGCUGCAGGAGAAGCGGCCGGUCGUGAGACAGCCGAUGAUGCUGGGCUGGGUAGCGAAGGUACUUCAUCGUCCUCGCCGUCACCGUCAUCGUCAGCCAGCGCACAGCCACAGAAACAAUUGGGCGGAUAUGCAGUGCGUCUAAAUCGUGUCAGCGAGAAUACUGAGGCGGGAGGCGACCUUGUUUUGGCGCCUGAGUCAGCCCAAGGAUCGCGAUGGAGCAGGUUUGCACAGGAAAGCCCCAUCAUGCGUCGUUUGCAUGAUUGGCACGAGCAGUACCAGGACUCGGAACAUCCAUUUAUUGAACGACUGCGUGGUGUGACGAAUCGCGUCGCUUCAUGGUUCGAGGAGAAUGAAACAGCGCAGGUCGUGCGGGCCAUCAAGCAGCUGGAUCCCUCGUUCACACUCUCAGGCUUCACGAUUGAUCUGCGUGAAUACGUGGUUCCGGAAGUGCUGGACGCGUACCACACAGCGCAGCGGCACUUGCUGCGCCAAUGGUGUGGUGAGGCCACGUACAACGUGCUGAUGGCUACGCUCGAUCCAUACUUGCAGCGUGGCUACAUCGCCGAUGGCCGAAUCCUCGAUUUGUCCAAUAUUGAGAUUGUGCAGGGCAAGAUCCUCGAGACUGGUCCGAUGCCUGUGCUUGUCAUCAGUUUCCAGACACAGGAGCUCAUGUACUUUACGGAUCCCAAGACGCGCGAGAUCAUCGAUGGCAGCGUUGAGCAAGCGAUCCAGUGCCGAUACGCGAUGGUCCUGACUCGUUUGGAGGCAGAGUUGGAAAACGAGGUGACCGGUGGCUGGAAGAUCAUUGAGCUUGCUCGCCGGGGACAAACUGCAUUCAUGUAG